UUCCUUUCAAUCUUGAUUCCACACAAAACAAAGCCUUUUCUUCUCCGAAAUCUAGUUUUCUCUUCGGUUUGUAUAUACAUAUUACAUGGAUGGAAUCGACGUUCCCCCAUUUUUUAUCUGCCCCAUUUCUCUCGAGUUUAUGAAGGAUCCAGUCACGGUUUCUACAGGGAUCACGUACGAUCGGGAGAGCAUCGAGAAAUGGUUGUUUUCGGGGAAGAACAGCACUACAUGCCCGGUUACAAAGCAAGUUAUUUCUGAUUGUGAGCUCACCCCAAAUCACACCCUCAGAAGAUUGAUUCAGUCAUGGUGCUUGUUAAAUGCUUCCCAUGGAAUCGAAAGGAUCCCAACCCCAAAACCUCCCAUCAGCAGACCCCAGAUUAUCAAGCUUCUCGAUGAGGCCAAGUCACCACUUCAACAGAUGAAGUGUCUCAAGAGGCUUCAAUCAAUCGCUUCUCAGAAUGUUACGAACAGAAGAUGCAUUGAAUCUUCAGGCGUAGUUGAGUUAUUGGCUUCAAUUGUGAGCAAUAGUGACUCUACAGCUGCUGAAGAAGUAAGACCAAUUGACGAGGCUUUGAGCAUUCUCUAUAGUCUCCAACUCUCGGAAGCUGGUCUGAAGAAUCUUAUGGGCAAAAAUGGGGAUUUCAUAGUGUCCUUAACGAGGGUAAUGCACAUUGGAAGCUACGAGUCUCGGGUUUAUGCGGUACUGUUGAUGAAAUCAAUGCUGGAGAUAGCUGGUCCAAUGCAACUGAUCGGUUUGAGACCGGAAUUAUUUUUCGAAUUAGUUCGAGUUUUGUGUGAUCAAAUCUCUCAACAAGCUUCAAAAGCUGCUCUACAAAUCUUGGUCCAUAUCUGUCCACGGGGACGAAACAAGAUCAAGGCAGCCGAAGCAGGGGUAGUACCAAUCUUGAUCGACUUACUUCUCGAUUCAUCGGAGAAAAGGGUUUGUGAGAUGAUACUAACUGUGCUGGAUGCGGUGUGCGGAUGCGCCGAAGGCAGAUCCGAGCUGCUAAGCCAUGGAGCAGGACUUGCAAUUGUUUCAAAGAAGAUACUUAGAGUUUCUCAGGUUGCAAGUGAAAGGGCAGUGAGGAUUUUACUAUCGAUUUCAAAGUUCUGUGCCGCCAUUAAUGUGCUUCAAGAGAUGCUGCAAUUAGGUGUUGUGGCUAAACUGUGCUUGGUGCUUCAACUGGAUUGUGGAUCCAAGACUAAAGAGAGGGCUAGAGAAGUACUGAAAUUGCAUGCCAGAGUUUGGAAGAAUUCCCCUUGCAUACCUACCAAUCUGUCCUCUACUUAUCCAGCUUGAUCAGUAGG